GGGGCCUGCUUCGCUGUACUCGGCGCCACACGUCGCGCCGUAGAGCUUCCACCCAGUUGGUGCCACCACGUAGCGAUGAUCCGCAAGGGCCUGGUUUCGCCACCCGGCACUGGCUUAUAAGCUCCCUGCACUCAAUCUCUCUCAUUCUCAAUAGAGAUCUAGAUUUCAGUCAAUUGGAUCUGCUCCUCUUCCUCCGCACCUCUAAUCAAUACUCUUUCUGUCUUGAACUGCGAUCUAGUCACCGCACUUCUAGACACAUACACACACGGGCUCGUUCCCCCCUUUCCUGCUUCUCUGCCAUCUGUUUGGUUAGUGUGUGCGUGUGUGUAGCUCGAUCGACUGACCUGUCGGUAGUUGCAGGUUUUUCCUUGGGCGCUGCGUUGGAGUCUACUAGCUAGGCGUGCAAGAUGUCGCAAGGAUACGAGCCCAUGGUUACUUCUGGAGAACAGCAGACUGGCUUGACUACGGCCGAGUCAGCUGACCACAUCGAUCCUAACAGCCCGAGCUACCACGACGGUGGUCACAAGAAACCAUCGAUUUUCGGAAGGCUGAAGGACAAAACCAAGAAAGCCGGUUCGAAAAUCAAGCACAAGGUUGGUAAGAAGAAGACCAACCCCGAUGGUACUACCACUGUCGAUAACGAGGAUGAAGGAGAGGAAAUGAGCAGCAACAGUGAUGAUUCUUCAUCGCCAUCUGCUUCACCCUCCCAUGCCCCUCAAACGACGCCAUACACAGCCCCUCAGACAGAAUCUCGCGACUUCGAAACCAGUCAAAGCACACCCUUCAAAUUUGGGGAAUCCGACGCUAAAGAGCCUGAAACACCAGACGUCGGAAAAUUGAGUCUAGAUGAGACCCCUGACUAUGAACCUGAGUCGAAGACCGACGAGCCAUCUAUCACUGAGAAAGCUUCAGAGGCUUCAGAGGGAGCAAAGAAUACUAUUUUCGGUGGUGCAGCGGCCACCGCCGGUGCCUCGGGAUUCACCCAAGACGAACCUAUGGACCCCGAAGACAAAUCUGUCACGGAGAAGUCCUCCGAGGCUGUCGAAGAAGUCAACAACAAAACAGAGGGGAUUGGGAACCGAGGAUACGAUGCCGCCACAGAUGCGAAGGACACAGUAGCUGAGAAGGGUAGUGAUGUCGCUGAUAAGACGAAAGAAACUUUCUCCGGGGAUUCCACUUCUGAGCGUCCUCAAAGUGCCACAGAUGCGGCAUACGAGGCUAAAGACGCUGCAGGGUCGAAAGCAUCCGAGCUGAACAACGCCACGAAUGACUCUGAAACUUACACGGAGAAAGCUACCAACACUGCUACUGCGGCGAAAGACAGCGUUGCAGACACAUUAGGCUUACACCAGUCGUCGGAGGGACCCUCCUUGGUGGAUAAAGCGAAGGGUUAUCUGGGAUAUGCAGUUGAUACCACGAACGAUCAUGUGUCCUCUACGACUGACACUGCGAAGGACGACGCAGCGUCGGCCACGGAAACAGCUAAGGAUUCGACGGGCAGUGCUGUAGACACAAUUAAGGAUCACGCCAGCGGUGCCACUGACACCACUAAGGACUCGACCAGCAGCGCUGUUGACACUGCAAAGGAUUACGGAACAAGGGCCAAGAAUACCGUAGCAGACUACGCCCAAGGCACCACCGACACUACCAAGGACUACGUCGGGAAGGCCAAGGACACCACUGCUGAUGCCACCACGCCCAAUCAGGACGACAAGGCUCUCAGCGAGAAGAUCACAGAAUCACUUGGUGCCUUGCCGGCGAAGGUAACGGACACUGUUUCCAGUGCCACGCAGACUUCCAGCACUUCUUCCACGCCAACUGGAGCUGCUCACAACGAAGCUCAGCCCGGAAUUUUUGGCAAGCUCACGGGAUUGUUUGGAUACGGCCCCAAGUCACCGGCUGAUCCUGCACACGAUGCCACCACCGGAGCCACUGGCACUCACACUGAAACAAACUAGAUUCGAUCCUUGCCUCGGACAUAGAUGCCGAUGCGAAGUUUUUCCCAUUACCACUACACAUUUCUAGUUCUUAUACGAAUGCUCCAGCUUGCACUGUAUAUGCACUUGCAUCGUUUGCAAGUGCAUGGCUGUUGUGGUAUGAGGCUACCGGCGCCGGUACCGUAGCAAGGAUAUUUGGACGCUUAUAUUAGGUUUGCUAUAGUAGAGUACGUGGAGUGUGAAGGUGAGAUUAUAAAUAAUUUCUUCUGUAAAUUGUGCCGGACUUGAUCCAGUCGCUGUUCAUGAAACGCAAAGAAUGACACAGCAAAGUCGUUCCACAUUUUGUACAAUCAA